UUCUUCCGCCACCCAAUAUUGUCUGGUUAGCAUAUAUCAUCCUCUGUUCAAUCAGAUUACCACCUAUCCCGCCGUGAAUGGCUCCUCCGACCACCACCGUGUCAGAACGCCGGAGCCGCCGGGUACACGUCCUGGUAUUCCCGUAUCCAGCUCAAGGCCACAUGCUACCUCUCUUAGAUUUCACUCACCAACUCGCCCUCCGUAACGUCGUCAUUACCGUACUCGUCACCCCCAAAAAUCUCCCUCUUUUGUCCCCUCUUCUCUCACGCCACCCCUCCAUCAACACCCUCGUUUUGCCUUUUCCGGCCAACCCUUCCAUCCCCGCCGGGGUCGAGAACGCCAAGGAUCUCCCUCCUAGUGGCUUCCGUGUCUUGAUGGUCACUCUCGGCGGCCUCCAAGGCCAAAUCGUCGACUGGUUCCGCCGCCACCCUUCUCCGCCCACUGCUAUUAUCUCCGAUAUAUUCGUGGGUUUCACCCACCGCCUUGCCGCGGAGGUCGGCGUUCGACGAUACGUUUUCUCCCCGUCCGGCGCGAUGGCCAUGUCCGUUAUCUUCAGCCUGUGGCGUGAGAUGCCCAAACGCAAGAAUCCGAACGAUGAGAGUGAGGUUUUCCGUUUUCCCAAUGUUCCUAAUUCUCCCGAAUUCCCAUGGUGGCAGCUCUCUCCGGUUUACCGGAGCUACGUGGAGGGAGACCCGAGCUCCGAGUUUAUCAGACAGAUGUACUUCGACAACACGGUGAGUUAUGGGGUGUUGUUCAACUCGUUCAGUGCGGCGGAAGGGGUGUAUUUGGACUAUCUGAGGACGUAUUUGGGGCACGACCGGAUCUGGUCCGUCGGCCCCCUUCUGCCGCCGGACGGCCCGGCGGAGAGGGGCGGAUCCGCCGCAGUUUCCGCCGCCGACAUACUGAGUUGGCUCGACUCGCGCGAGGACAACUCAGUGAUUUACGUCUGCUUCGGCAGCCAGGCAGUCUUAACCGACCAGCAAAUGGAGGCCCUAGCGGCGGGGCUAGAAAAGAGCGGAGUCAACUUUCUAUGGUCAACCAAGGGCCCCACCAAGGGCCACGUGGGCGAAGGAUACGGAACAAUACCGCCUGGGUUCCAACAACGGGUGGGCCCGAGAGGGCUGGUCAUCCAAGGCUGGGUCCCACAAACGCUGAUCCUAAACCACCCCGCCGUGGCGGCGUUUUUAACCCAUUGCGGCUGGAAUUCAACGAUGGAAGGCGUAAUCGCCGGCGUGCCGUUGCUGACGUGGCCGAUGGGAGCCGAUCAAUACACUAACGCUAACCUCCUGGUGGACGAGCAUAAAGUUGCGGUCAGAGCGAGUGAGGGUGAUAAGACCGUUCCCGACUCGGACGAGUUGGCUGGUUUACUCAGCAAAGCCGUGAAAGAGAAAGGAGCAGAGGUGAGGGCUAAUGCACUGCGGCUGAGAACGGCGGCGAUGGAUGCUAUCAAGGACGGUGGAGAUUCCUUCAACAAUCUCGACAACUUCGUCAAACAUUUGUACGAAGAGGCUUCGGAAAUUCCUAAGGAAUCUUCGAACUCUCCGAUGAUUUCCGCCCCGGUUCCGGCAUUUGCUGCUUAGUAUAAAGACGUGUGAAUUCACCAUCACUGUAUUACAUACAAGUUACUGGUUAAGGUUUCAUGUCUUAUGUUUCUUAAUUUGGUGUUUUAAUGGACCUAUUAUUACUAUAGAAGACUAUUAAGUCUUUUUUUUUUUUUUAGUAAAUUCUAAUUUCAUUUUUGAU